AUGGCAAUCCAGAAGACGGGUGACAGGACCCGGGCAGCAGCUGAGCUAAUUGAACAGAGAAGGGGCAGCCACUCUGAUGACAGGAAGCAGACGCUGUUAGCACUGCUCUUCCUGGUGCUGUACCUGGGCACAGGAAUAUCAGGAAGCAGCUGGGAAAUGUCAGGACAGUUCAGGGACUGCAGCUACCCUCAGACUCCUGUGGCAGCCCAGGUCUUUGACUAUCAGACAAAGGAGCCCGCUGAAGAGCCAACAAGAACCCUCAGGAAGUGGCUGGAGACAAACUUGCAUGGAUUUUUAGAGAAGCUAGAGAAAGAAGUGAGAGAGCUGGAACAGCUGGUGCGAGACCUGGAAUUCUGGCUCGAUGCGCUUCUGGGAGAGCCAUGCCCAGGGGAUCUCUGCUCCGCCCACAGAGGUCACGUGUGA